UAGGCUGUUCUGUCACGCCAGUGUCAGUCUGAUGAAGAUUGGCAUUCAGAUGAGUAUCAAGGAGCGGAACAAAGUCGGGGGUGCUCAGUAAAUGGGCGAAAAAGAUGAUGCAGCGAUCCACAUUUGGAAACAGAGAGACACGGAGCCGCACUUCCACACUGCCACACUGAGUAAGGCCGGGAAGAUCUGUUGAUGAUCAGACGGGAGUCUCCUUUGAAAGUUUGAUUGAAUUUGACACGUGGCAUUUCUGCUAAACAGACUGGUUGAAGACACAUAGAAAAUAUCAGCCCAGGGAGCACCUACCUCUAGAGUAAAUCUACACGUCUCCCACCAACCCGUCUAGACUGCAAAAGCCCUCAACUGUUCCAGGGUCUCCUGAAGCCAAGAGAUUUGGAAAGAGGAGGAGGGCUCUAGAUGUGAAUCAAUCCCAUGAUGCAACAUGUUUCCCCAGCACCAGCUCUGACAAUGAUGGCCACCCAGAGUGUGCCCCCACCCCCCUACCAAGAAAGUCAGCAGAUGACGGCCACAGCCCAGCAGCCCACCAAGGCCCAGCCAGUGCAUCUCCCAGCAUCCUCAGCAGCAGCCAGUGCUGUCCCCGGUGCUCCCCUAGACCCUCAGGCACAGCUCGAAUCUGACAAGCGUGCUGUCUACAGGCACCCUCUCUUCCCGCUCCUAACGCUGCUGUUUGAGAAGUGUGAACAAGCAACUCAGGGGUCAGAGUGCAUCACAUCAGCCAGUUUCGAUGUUGAUAUCGAGAACUUUGUCCACCAGCAGGAACAAGAACACAAACCGUUUUUCAGUGAAGACCCCGAGCUCGAUAAUCUGAUGGUGAAAGCAAUCCAGGUUCUGCGGAUUCACCUGUUGGAGUUGGAGAAAGUCAACGAAUUGUGCAAGGAUUUUUGCAACCGUUAUAUCACCUGCUUAAAAACAAAAAUGCACAGCGAUAAUCUUCUCAGGAAUGAUUUAGGAAAUUCCUAUUCCCCAAACCAGCCAGCCAAUAGCCUUCACAGCCAGGAUAUGUUGCAGAGCUCUCCGAACUCUAUGAGUGGUUUAACCAAUAACCCCCAGGGGAUUGUUGUGCCCGCCUCAGCUCUCCAGCAAGGGAAUUUAUCCAUGACAACCGUCAACUCGCCGCAAGUUGUUUCAGGUGGAGCUCUGUACCAACCUGUUGCCAUGGUAACAUCCCAGGGUCAAGUGGUAACUCAAGCCCUAACACAAGGGGCAAUUCAGAUCCAAAACGCACAGGUUAACUUGGAACUGACCUCAUUGCUUGACAGUGAAGACAAAAAAUCUAAGAACAAGCGUGGAGUCCUUCCUAAACAGGCCACCAACAUCAUGCGAUCGUGGCUCUUCCAGCAUCUGAUGCACCCAUACCCCACCGAGGAUGAGAAGCGACAAAUCGCAACUCAGACAAAUCUUACACUAUUGCAAGUCAACAACUGGUUCAUUAAUGCCAGGAGGCGCAUUCUCCAGCCCAUGUUAGAUGCCAGCAACCCUGACCCAGCACCAAAAGCCAAGAAAAUAAAGUCUCAGCAUCGGCCAACACAAAGGUUCUGGCCUAAUUCCAUUGCCGCGGGAGUUCUUCAGCAGCCCGGAGUUCUACCCGGGAGCAAUCCUGAUGGUUCUGUCAACAUGGACAGCUUGCAAUCUCUGUCCUCCGAGGCGCUCUCCAUGCAGCAGGCCAUAAUGGGAGUUCACGAUGACUCUUUGGACGGGACAGAGGAAGAUGAUGAUGAUGAAGAAGAAGAGAUGGAAGAGGAUGAUCUUGAAGAAGACAGUGAAGAAUUGCAGACAACGAAUGUUAGUGAGCUUGGCUUGGAACACAGUGACUCCCUGGAGUAGCAAUAUGUUCCUCUCAAAGGACAAAGUGCAUUAGAGACACUGUUUAACUUGAUGAAAGCCUCAGAUUAUCACUUCUAUUAGUUUCUGCUUCCUACAUGAAAAGACUAACCAACUAUCGAGAGUUGAAACCAGGCUCUGGGUGGAAGAACACGUGUCCUCGUAUCGGGUGGGAAUGACCAUCAAAAAGUGAACAGCAUCAUCUAUCCUUUCCCACAAGAAUAUUAAUUAAUUUACAUUUAAACCACCAGGACUUCAAUGCUGGAACUUUUAUGUAAAGAACAAACUUCACAAACUGCUCCGUAAACUCAAAAGAAACUGCAAAUUUUCACUUUGAAUCACCUGCUUGUUUGCUUGACAGCGGCAGGGAUUGGUCAACAUUACGAACAAUGCAACUGGGCUCCUUUUAUUUAAGUGAAGGACAUGUGUUUACAGAGCCACAUAUUGUGGCCCAUUAAGUUUUUUGUUUUGUUUUGUUUUUUUUGUUAUUUUUGUUAUUUUUUUUAGGAACUUAACGUGUUUUAGGAAAAGUGUUUUCCUUUAUUGUUACUGAAUGCUAUUUGAAUGCCAUUUUUAGAAAUGUCUGUGUGUGUAUACAUACAUGUAUAUGUGAUAUAUGUAUAUAUAGACACACUAUCGCACACAUAGACUUAUAUUGAAUAGGGGAUAUACUAUCUGUUUGAGACAAUUUCACACACUCUUUGGGCCGAAAUGAUUCAAAUAUAAUAGUUUGAAACAACAAGAAUCUAUCAUGUUUCUUUAACAGACUUUUGGCAAGAUAUCUUGAAAUGCUGACUGGCCAUCGUAUCAAACUAUAAAUAAAUAGAUUUUAAUAUUUAAAAAAAGUCAUGAGCAUGGGAGACCAUCGGAAAUGUUUUGUGUAUUUUAUAUAUAAUAUAUAUAUGUAUAUCCAUACACAUAUAUUAUAUCCACCAUGUAUAUAUCUCUGUGUGUGUAUAUAUAUAUACAUAUAU